UUCAGAUCAAGCGACACAAUUGCGAUGCGUUAGCAGAGAAUGGCUCUCAAACUGUCAUGAUUUCUCCGCUCUAUUCGUGCUUAUACCUCAAUAAUCCCUAGACUGAGGCUGCGCCGUCGGAGAUCGGGGCGGACUGCCCGCUGCAGCACAAGAUGUACCAUCUGGCCAAGUCUUUGUACAUGUACGCUACCAGCAAAGAGGAAUACUCCGUCCUUCUUCUCGGUUUAGAUAAUGCAGGCAAGACUACGCUCCUUUCCCAGAUCAAAGCCCUCUACCAGCAUCGACCUGAUGGCACGCCUGCGCCCAACCCCGGCAAGACCGUACCAACCGUAGGGCAAAAUGUCAGCACAAUAUCAUUGCCGGACAUGUACUUGAAGAUCUGGGAUGUCGGUGGACAGAUUUCCAUGCGGAACCUCUGGCAGAGCUACUAUUCCAGCUGUCAUGCGAUCAUCUUUGUGGUGGACAGUACAGACGUCGGACAGAAUCCUGACAUUACGCGCCUUCCUUCUCUAUCCGCAAGGGCUAGUAGCUCUCGGAAACCGUCGACACCCAGGCCAGGAUCAGGAGCGGCGGAAUCAUCAGCAGAGCGCGAAGUCGAUGCUGACGGUGACGGCGAUGGUGGGAAUGAUAGCGUAAACACUUUCGCCGAGCAACUGGCCAGCAUCAACGCUCCCGAUAGUGACUUCGGCCGAUUAGACGAGUGUCGUCAGGUGCUUGAAUCCGUGCUUCGCAAUGCUGAUGUUGCCGGUGUGCCUAUUCUCGUGCUUGCUAAUAAACAAGACCGGGAAGACUCAGUAGAGGUUGUCCGGAUCAAGGAGGGGUUCGUGCGAAAGGUGUUUGAGGGAGAAACAGGCGGCGUCGUUCGCGAUAGUCGUGUUUUACCCAUCAGUGCUCUUAUGGGUUCAGGAGUACGGGAGGCUGUCGAAUGGGUGCAGAGCCGGGUGAAGUGGAACAAGGAGGGGAGGCCGCCCGUUAUGAGGUGAUCUAUAUCAUUUGCCUUUCAUUAU